UCCACCAGCUUAGAAACCUUUCAAAUGUGAAUCACUGAAAAACAACAAGGAGGCCCAGCUUUGUUUUUUCGAAGAAUUUCAUCAAAAUUUCCAGGAAAAUUCCACCAAAUUCAGGUUAGAAAAAACAUGGCGACAGUAGACGCAGAUUUCGCUCUUGGACCCUCAGAGGACUUCCUGAAUAAGGCCAUCCGCAUUGGAUUGUACUUAAGUGCCACAUUCCAGGUGAUUUGUCUCACGACAAUCAUCUUCCUUCCCUCAUCCUUCAUGAAGUGCUUCAAUGGAUGGGACGUCAAAAAUCGAAAGCUCGAUGAGAGCGAUGAUACGAGUUCUGAGCACUCAACGCCACAAAAUGAUCCCAAACAGCGGCAUCAUCAGCGGCGAAAGCAGGAAAAGAAGAAACGCAAAUAGUUUUCUUUCUUCUCUUUUCUUUUCUUUUUCUUCCUUUUCUGUGAUUUUUCUUUUUUUACUUUUGCUUUUCUACACUAAAAGGCAAGUUUGUGAUGUUUUUUUUGUAAUGAAUUUAUUGAUUAAAACACUGAUUAAAUGUCUGGAUGAAAGUAUUAUAAAACAAAACGAACAAUUCAACAAAAUAAAGUUCAAGAAUUUGUGGAAGAUCUGAAA